UCAUAACUUCCCCUUCCAUUCCAAGCAUGGCCUUCCACCUGAGAUCUGCGAGUGUGCCCUCAAGCCCUUGUUCCAACGGAACCAAUGUCGAGGAACAGAUUCAGAACCUGAUGGCAACUGUCUCUUCUCCUUCUGUGACCAUCAAAACCAUAGUUGAUGGUCUGUCCAAGCUCGGGGACAUCUACAGCUGCAUCGAUGAGCUCAUAUGCUUUCCCAGUAGCCAGUGUCAACAGAGAAAGGCAGUCGAGGAGGAGCUUGAGCGCUCUCUCGUCUUGCUUGACCUCUGCAAUGACGUUCAAGAGAGCUUCACAGAGCUCAGGACUAGCGUCCAAGAGUUGCAAUUGGGUCUCAAGAGAGGAGACAAUGUGGCUGUUCAGGCCAAGGCUCAGUCUUAUGCCCGUUUGGUCAAGAAGGCCCAGAAGCAGCUCAAGAAGAUCAACAGAAAGGUUGUUCUUGACACUGAUAGCUGCAGAGUGGUCAAGCUAUUGUCUGAAGCAAGAGAGAUUGCUCUACUGAUGCUGGAAAUGACAUUGUACCUCCUGUCAAAGGAGAUCCAGACGUCGACAACUAGCAAGUGGUCUCUUGUGUCCAAGGCAUUCCAGAAGAAGAGAGUUGUGUGCAAGGAGGAGCAAUUGCAGGUCUUGGAGUUGGAGAUUGUUGAUCUUGAGAGCGAACUCCAGAUUGUCUUUAGGAGACUGAUCCAGUGCAGGGUCUCGCUUCUCAACACUCUUAGUCUGUAGAAAGAUCAUACACCAACUCAGGUUCCCUGCGAUUAGCAUCCGCCUUUUAGAGGAUUGGCUGAUCAUCAAAACAAUUUUGAUGUAUAUAUGAGACAAAGUGUACAGAAAAAUACUCAAUGAAAGAGCAAAAGUUUUGAUCCA